ACCAUGCCGACCCUGUUUCUUGACCUUCCUGAGGCUAUACGAGGCUAUAUUAUCAAAUAUCUUCCGCAGCAAUCACUUAUAAACCUUGCCCUUACAAACUAUGACCUCUACCACCCAUGCAUGCGUCAAUUAUAUUCUCGCAUCACCAUUCAACCUGAUCCUCCGUUAAGACCACACCCACAAGGAAGAUCGAAUGACUUCCAUGACUCAGUUCAAACUGUGGUAUACGGAUUUUCCCAUGUACGAGGAAAGUUGAUCAAACCGGAGGUGCAUAUGCGAAUGAUUAUAGCGAGAACCAAAGUUUUGAUUCAAGCAUUGACUAUAAAUACUGAAUUGAUUUCGUAUGUUAAUCAGGUACACGUGCUUGGGUUUGACAACAAUAGCUCAUUGGUACAACCAUUGCAGGAAUUGAUCAACGUAUUAAGUAGUGGAUCAGUUGAGAAGUUCUACGUUGGUAACUACGAGUUGCGUAAACAAUUGAAUUUGUCUGCUUUAACGAAAUUAACUUCACUUGUAGUUGAUGAUGACGUUCCGUACUUUGGUGAUCAUAUCACGGAAAUCUUAGUUGGACAGAACACAAACUUGCCGUCAUUGCCCCAGUAUUGUCCUAACUUGAGAUCAUUGAUAUUACCAGAUGACCAUGACAAGUAUUGGACAUGGAUAAACCAUAAUUUACUUCGCCAUAAAAUACACUUGCCAAAACUUGAAAGGUUUAAGAUUGUCUUUAACCUCAAUGAAUGGGAAUUGAACUUACAAUUGACCGAAAUAAUUCCCUGGAGAACGCUUAAGGAGUUGGAAUUAGUGAUUUGUUACAAAGAUGGUGACGAUACUGAUUAUGUGAUUGAUUUUUAUAAUCUCAUCCCCAUUUGUCCAAAAUUAACCAAACUUUCCAUAGUCCAAGGUGGGAUAUUUCCAACCCAUGCCAAAAACGAAGUAUACGAUUUGAACACCUUCAACUUUCUCACCAACGUCUUAUCCUCGUCACCACAUAUGAUCUACUUGUCCAUAAAGCACAAAACUCUUCCGUUGGGAGAUUUCCCAGAUGGAAUGGAAGGUAAUUACUUUAGAAGAAGAGAUAGUUUUAUGAAAGUCUUACCUAAAAUCAUCAACAAUCAUAACAUUAUCCUUAGUUUACCCAACAUUUUUGAAUCAUUUUCCGGAUACGAGCAAUAUAUGAACUUGGUUCUUUGGAAUGGAUGCAAGUGUGAACAUUGCAAUAUAUACUUGGACCAACUUGAUCAUUACCUCAUGCAUCACAAAUAUUUCAAUAACAAGCUUGGUGCAUUCCGUGACUUGAAUGCGUCACAUUUGUUCACCACUAUAGCGCAUCAACUUAAUAAGAGAAUGAUCCAGGAUGAACUUCUUACCCAGCUUUCUCAACUUCGAUUCCCAUUGAUGAACAAAUUAUGGGAUUUCCAUAGUAAUGCCACAUUCAAGGAUUUUAAGUGCUAUGAGGAAGAACUAAUUGACCAAGGAGAAUUUGACGAAGACCAAGAUAUUCUUCCUAACAAGUACCGUUGCGAAUUCGAUGAAUCGGUUUACAUGCAUAUUCCAGUAGCAAUCACUCAUUACCUUAACUGGUUAGUUCUUGAUGUUCUUAAUUUAAACAGGGGUAAUGCUGAAGCCGAGGACGAAGAGAAGUUCAUGGAUGGUGGUGAUGAAGAAUUCAGAUUAAACAUGAGGAAAUGCAUACUUAAUGGGGUGAGCUAUAUGUUUGACCAUGAAAUUAAUGGAACCCAUUUUUAUGAAAAUGUUUAUGAUGUUGCUUAAUCAUAGGUAUAUAUCUACGUUUAAUAGAGAGACAGGCUAUUCUUAGACUCUGAUAAGGGGACCAGAGGGGCUCACCCUGAGUCGGAAAAACUACGUGAUUGAUUCUCUAAAGUAUUUCGUAUUGUGAGCUUCUAGAACCCUACUCUAUAAAUUAAAUGCAUCAUGCUUCAUGCACAGUUAUCAAAAUAAUCCAAAUUAAUCCAACGUUUUCUGUAUAUUUUAUUACUUCAAUCGAUACGCCUUUCCCCGAACCUUCUUUUUCAUUGUUCACACUUAUUUUUUAUGUAACCUAAUAUUUCUAGUGAGAUAUUUUCUAAUCUGGUUCGCCCUCCAAAAAAAAAAAGAAACCGGUUAAACAAUGUACCGUCAUACACCUCCCUUAUCCAUAGCUGCAGGGCGUUCACCCACCAGUGUUUGAGAUAUUUUCUUUGUAGGGGCGAUCUACCAAGGUGAUUAAAGGUGGAAAUUUUGAAUGACGAUAAAUCCGAUGGAGUUAAACAGUGUAAAGCUGCAAGGAAUUUAGUCAAAAUACAUAUCAAUUUCUCGGCGGAUUUUCGGGACCAGUAUCAAUGUAUCCGUUGCGCUGUACCACGAUAACGUGCGAUAUUAAGAGCAUUUAGGCGUUUCACUGUUGGUAAAGGUACUUCCAUUGUGAAAUUCCGAAAUAAUAACAUGGAUCACGGAAAUGUUGUAGAUAUUAUUAAUGCAAUUUUUUUUUUCAUAAAACUUUACUGAAAAUUCUGAUCUGUAAUUAUUGCUCGUAAUUAAUAAUAUUUUUGGGUUUCCAAGAAAAUGAUGAUCACGGGCCGUGGAAAAUAGUUCCGCAUAGUAAACAUAAACAAGUGAUGUCACUAACAAAUCAUUAUCCCAAUCCCUGCAGUAUGACAUUACGGCAAAAUAAUGGGGGAUUUGAUUCAGUGUUUAAUCGGACGGCAUUCACCUUUUUUCGGUCAUUCCCUCAUGCUCAGCCUGUGGUACCUGCGUUUAUAUGCGUGAUCAGCAUACGGAAUCAUAUGGACACUGACUUGAUGU